AUGGUCGUUGAGCUCGGUGGUUUGUUUGGUGCUGGUGGUGGUGUAAUUCAGGGAACUGCGUUGAAGCUCGGGAUGCCAGCUAUGUUGCCUCACCAUAGUACCGUUACCAAGCAAUUGAGGUUUUGUCUUCGUCAUCAGUUGAUCUCCGCUGGCAAGGAUAUAUGGACUGCCCUGCGGACAAACAAAGUCGCCAAUGGCAUCGUUCGCAAAGGCAGCCUACCUAACGUGGCGCGUUGCAAAGCUGGGGGCAGCUAUAACAUUGGGCUGAAGACUGAGGAGAACGGUGUGGUAACGCGGUUUCCACCGGAGCCAUCCCGCAUUCUUAAACGACUAUUUCGCCCCGAAGCAUUUGAUGGCAAGCUCAUUGUUCGCUUCGAUGACACGAACCCGGCCAAGGAGAAGCAGGAAUUGAGGACUCUAUCAUGCAAGACCUGCAUCUACUCGGUCGGUAUUAGGCCGGACCGUGUGGCGUACAUCCAGCAGUUGUACGAGAUCUGUCAGCGUAUGAUAGCCGAGGGAAACGCCUACGCCGAUGAUACGGAUCCCGAUGUCCAAAGGGCGGAGCGACUCAAUCGUCUUCCUAGCAAGCGACGAGACCGGCCGAAGCACUGUAUAAGAGCUCGGAUUGCAUUCGACUCGGUGAACGGUGCGAUGAGAGAUCCGGUGAUAUACUGUUUCCCAAAUAUAAGUCCGACGAAGGCCAGGAGCUUGAGCAUCGAAGGCGUUACCCAUGCCCUCCGCACAACCGAGUACGCGGACCGCAAUGCCCAAUAUCAAUGGUUCCUCAAGACCUUGAAGCUCCGGCCCGUACAGCUCUGGGACUUUGUCCGUAUUAACUUCAUUCGCACGUUCCUUUCGAAGCGGAAGCUCACCAAGGUAGUCGAUACCGGAAUAACUGGCUGGGAUGAUCCGCGUAUGCCAACGCUCCGUGGCAUCCUUCGCCGCGGCCUUACCGUCCCUCCCGUCCGAGAUUUUAUGUUGAAGCAAGGCCCCAGUCGCAACGCUAGAGUGAUUGACCCUGUGGCUCCUCGACAUACGGCUGUCGAGACAAAGCAGAUGGUUGUGGCGGCCGUUCGAGGUGGUCCUGAAGCACCCUAUUCUAAGGAAAAGCCCAAGCACCCAAAGAAUGCAGCCGUCGGGACCAAGUUGGUCAAGUAUGCUAACACGGUACUUAUUGACCAAACAAGAAGGUUGGUUACAUGGCUUGCUAAGGGAGGAAGCGCCCUCGUCGAUGCCGAGCUCUGGGAGUUUGACUACCUCCUGACGAAGGAUACGCUGGGAAAAGACGACAAGCUGGACGACUUCCUGACAACCAACACGGCCAUCAUGACUGAGGCUUUGUGCGAUGCCAAUCUUGUGGCUGUGGAGCCGAACAGCAUCAUCCAGUUGGAGCGCAAGGGAUAUUUCGGGGUGGACAAGGCAGCUGGUCAGGGGCUUCAUGGCAAAGCGGUCUUGUUCAGAUCCCAACUGGGGCAAAGGACUCAAAGUGGGCUCGAUAGAACCUUCGUACUAUAA